AAACAAAGUAAAAAUCGGGCACUCACUGCCAUACGCGGCGGUGGUAGCAAAGCUGAAUUUCCGCCAUUUUCUUGCUUGUCAUUCUCCCACCAUCCGACUUCCAUUGUUAUCCGAAGAAGAAGAAGAAGAAGAAGGCAGAUUCUGAGCGUCAAAUGAAUUCCAAACCCUAGAGGAAACUCAAUCCCCCAACACCAACCGUACGCUUCUGCUUCCUAUACAUACAGACUAUAUAUACAAUGUCGGGGCUAAGUGUCUCGUUGAGAAAAUCGUUUCCUUCUGAACAAUAUCAGAGUCAAGUUUCAACGGAUUUGGACUGGAAUUCAGUUUCCUCCCUCGGCGGACUAUUCCUUGAUAAUACAGUUUCCAGUUCAAUUGUUGAUGCCGUUGGCACGAGGAGUACUUCGAAUGGCGCUUCAAAUUCGUUGCAUUCUUCUGGUUCCCGCCGUAGUCCGUUUGUUUUAGGGCCUUUCCGGCGGGAAAGUUGGGUUCCGGCGGCUCUUGGCGGAGAAUUUUUGUGUGCGAGCUUGUCGGUGAAGAGAGGGGACGAGCUUCUUAGGAAUUCGGCUAACUACUUGGUGCAAAAUGGAGGGAAGAGCUCCGAGUCGGCGGCGGCUGGCUCGUAUGGCGGUGCUAAUGCCAUGGUUGGAGAAAGUAAGAAGCAGAAACUUGGAUUACGGGGACGAAGAGCGAUGAACACCACGAAGCAUCUCUGGGUCGGUGCUAUUGCCGCAAUGGUCUCGAGAACUUUCGUUGCUCCCCUUGAGAGACUAAAGUUGGAAUAUAUAGUUCGUGGUGAGCAGAAGAAUCUCUUCGAGCUGAUCAAAACAAUUUUAGCUUUGCAAGGCUUGAGAGGCUUUUGGAAAGGGAACUUCGUCAACAUUGUUCGCACAGCUCCAUUCAAGGCUGUCAAUUUUUAUGCUUAUGAUACAUACAGGAAGCAACUUCUUCAAUUUUCUGGGAAUGAAGAAACCACAAACUCUGAGAGGCUAAUUUCAGGUGCUGCUGCUGGCAUUACUGCAACUGUGCUCUGCUUACCACUGGACACCAUUAGGACUAAGAUGGUUGCACCUGGUGGGGAAGCUUUGGGUGGUAUAAUUGGUGCUUUCCGCCAUGUGAUCCAAACUGAAGGGGUCUUUUCUCUUUACAAGGGAUUACUUCCUUCCAUUAUUAGUAUGGCUCCUUCGAGUGCAGUUUUUUAUGGUGUCUAUGAUAUAUUGAAAUCAGCUUACUUGCAUUCACCUGAAGGAAGGAAAAGAAUUCAGAACAUGAAACAACAGGGCCAGGAACUAAGUGCGCUAGACCAGCUGGAGUUGGGACCAGUAAGGACGCUGCUGCAUGGUGCUAUUUCUGGUGCUUGUGCUGAGGCUGCUACCUACCCAUUUGAGGUUGUUCGAAGGCAGCUUCAGUUACAGGGUAAAGCAACUAAAUUGAGUGCAUUGGCAACUUGUGUCAAGAUAGUGGAGAAAGGAGGUAUUCCAGCUCUCUAUGCAGGACUGUUUCCUAGUUUACUACAGGUGUUACCUUCAGCCUCAAUAAGUUACUUCGUAUAUGAGUUCAUGAAGAUUGUUCUCAAAGUAGAAUGAAUUCAGAUACAGCUCCUCCAUAUUCCAUACUUUACAUCUGUUCUUGGAAUGGAAUAAAUUAAGAGCGCAUGUACCGCCAAGCCAAAGAAGAACACGGUUGCGUUGGCACUCUCUCGCAGGAAGACGAUGUUGCAGGCUUCAUCUCGACUUCCAUCAUUCGUUAAGUCACUGAUACUCUUAGUUCAUACUUCGGAAUCUUGAUUUGGAAGAUGAAAAUGAAAUAGCCUACUCAGGUGUUCUAAACUUGGAGUUCUGCACAAGGUCUGAAUCAUUGUCAAGUAUGUUGAAGCUGUUGUACUGUACUUGGCCGAUGUUUGCUUUGCUUUGGGUCAAGAACAAGUUCAGUCAUGAAUGUAUAUGGUUUUACCACAGAGAAAACCCUGAAGGGCUGCUCUUCAGACUUCAAUUUUAUCUUAUUUGCAAGGCAUUGUCUCAAUUAUUCAUUACUCCAUUCUGUAACUUCUAUUCUACACAUAACAACAUUAAUUGUCGUGAUAAUAAAAAACAAAUUUAGUGUUUA